AGCUCCGUAGUUGCCCGGAUGAAGUUGUCUUUAUUUAAGGUACAAUAGUAGGCGGGCGUUAGUUCAAAUAGUCGUUGAUCGGUUUUUCUUCUUGUUCGGUGUAGAAACAUUAUCCGGUCCUUGUAACUAUGGCUGGCGGUAAAGCAGGCAAAGACUCCGGGAAGACUAAGACCAAGGCCAUCUCGCGCUCGCAGAGAGCGGGGCUGCAGUUCCCGGUGGGUCGCAUCCACAGACACCUCAAGUCCAGAACCACCAGCCACGGUAGAGUUGGAGCCACCGCUGCGGUGUACAGCGCGGCUAUCCUGGAGUACCUGACCGCCGAGGUUCUGGAGCUGGCAGGGAACGCGUCCAAAGAUCUGAAGGUGAAGCGUAUCACCCCGCGUCACUUGCAGCUGGCCAUUAGAGGAGACGAGGAGCUGGAUUCACUCAUCAAAGCAACCAUUGCUGGAGGAGGUGUGAUCCCGCACAUCCACAAGUCCCUGAUCGGGAAGAAGGGCCAGCAGAAGACCGUAUAACUGAAGUGCUCCAAGUCGUGCCAUCUCAGGAUGAAGUCUGCAUCGAGUGUUUUUAUGUCUUAGCUUUAGUCGCCCUGUAGCGGUAGCAUUCACUCACCCAUCCUUUCUUUCUUUUGUUUGUUUGUUUUGUUUGUUUUUGUUUUUUUAAAGUGGCUUCAAAGAAGCUUUUUGGGGUGUCCUCCCACCUUUCUGUUCUCUGCCGUUUGCUUUUGUGGCGUUCCCGUUAAAGUGGUGUUUAAAAAAAAAAACACCUGCGGUUUGUUUCCUGUCCGCUGGGCUCCGCGGCCUGUCUGUGGGUUGAGUUUGUGAAAAAAAACAAAAUAAAACCUUCCCGUGUGGCGGCACCUGGAACCCGCCUGUCGGCCCUCCUGGUGGACUAAGGCAGAACCUGUAGAUGAUUUCUGAAUAAAGACUGUCACCAUCA